CAUUCCCGGCUCAGUAAUAUUCUCUUAGCGGGGCUUCGCCUAGCUUUUGCUGUGUCUGUGUGUGUUUGUUAGUUAUUGAGCUAUAGUUGGGUUAGCUAUGGAGGGAGACGGGAGCCAAGCCACAUCUGGAAGCCCAAAUGAUUCGCAACAUGACCCAGGUAAAAUGUUUAUCGGUGGCCUCAGCUGGCAAACCUCACCAGACAGCCUUAGAGAUUAUUUUAGUAAAUUCGGGGAAAUCAGAGAAUGUAUGGUGAUGAGAGAUCCAACCACAAAGCGCUCCAGAGGAUUUGGGUUCGUUACGUUUGCAGAUGCUGCCAGUGUAGAUAAAGUCUUAGCGCAACCACAUCACGAAUUAGACUCCAAGACGAUUGAUCCUAAAGUUGCCUUCCCCAGACGCGCUCAACCCAAGAUGGUCACAAGAACAAAGAAAAUAUUUGUUGGCGGAUUAUCGGCUAACACAGUAGUUGAAGAUGUGAAGCAGUAUUUUGAACAAUUUGGAAAGGUAGAAGACGCCAUGCUUAUGUUUGAUAAAACUACUAACAGGCAUAGAGGAUUCGGCUUUGUAACUUUCGAGAUCGAGGACGUUGUAGAGAAAGUCUGUGAAAUUCAUUUUCAUGAAAUCAAUAAUAAAAUGGUAGAAUGUAAGAAGGCCCAGCCGAAGGAGGUAAUGUUCCCUCCCGGGACGCGGGGGAGGGCCAGGGGCCUGCCCUACACCAUGGACGCCUUCAUGCUGGGGAUGGGAAUGCUGAGUUACCCGAACAUCGUCGCGACGUACGGCCGUGGUUACACUGGAUUCGCCCCGAGCUACAGCUACCAAUUCCCUGGGUUCCCUGCGACGGCGUAUGGACCGGUGGCAGCGGCAGCGGUGGCGGCGGCGCGUGGCUCAGGGUUCCCCGAUUAUGGUUUCUAUUCCACGCCCAGUGACCACCGGGGGGCGCCCUGCUCCUUUGCGGACUAUGGCUCCCUGGGGCCCCAGGCUGCUCAGAUGUUGCACGGUGAGCAUGCCACCUCCGCCUGCAACUCCCCCCUCCAGCACCUCCACAGCCCGGAUCAGUUUAAGAGCCCAGUCCUGAAUAGCUACACUGCUCAACCCAAUUUUGGGGCCCCUGCUUCCUCGGCAGGCCCCAACCCGCCACGCCCAGGAGGCUUCCCCGGAGCCAACAGUCCCGGGCCGGUGGCGGACCUGUACGGCCCCGGCAGCCAGGAGUCCGCCGUGGGCAACUACAUAAGUGCUGCUAGCCCCCAGCCUGGGUCCGGCUUUGGGCACAGCAUCGCUGGUCCGUUGAUUGCGACAGCUUUUACAAACGGAUACCAUUGAAACCUAACAGGUGGUUGGUUGCCAUCUCAUUUGAGCAGAGUAUGUCUGGAGGCCCAGGGAAGACAGGCCGAAGUUUCUAAUUGGUUCUGUGUACAGGUGAUGUCAUCAACUUCAAGCACUACAGCAUCACCCAGGGGAAUAGGAGGUGGCACCACAUGAAGAACAAAAGGAAAAAAAAAAUGUCAAGAUCAUCUCAGAAAAGAAUCUGCUGUACUAUAAACUAAACCUUCUGUAACAUGGUAACAUUGUUUAGGAUUUGAUGUUUUAUUUUUCAUUUACGAAGCCGUUAGCUUUUUCUUUCCUCACCUGUCCCCUUUCAAUUACAGAGGGGAAUUUUAUUUCAAUUUUGAUGAUUUGUGUAUUUUGAUUUUCUGUUAGAAUAUUAGUGUAAACUAUUUUAUUUUUUUGUCUUUUUCCCUUGGGGAGGUGAAUAUGUUUGCAACAGUUAUGUUUGUCUUACCUUUGGUACCGAUCUUUAAAAUCAAUGAGAUCUUCAGGUGUCAUUUUUGCACACACAAGAAAAAUAAGAACUGGCUUUGAUAAAAAAGCAAAAGUGAGAAUCUAGAGGGUAUCUAAUAAAUAUUAGUAGCUGUUUUUAUUUCUUGUGAUGUCUCGUUGUUAACCAUAAUUACCUGUUUUGGGCAAUAAGAAGAGGACUACAAUAUUUUCACGGUCCUUUUUUAUAAGUGUUGUUUUUGUUGUUUAGACAAAAGAUAUAACGGUUUUUUUUCCAUUUGAAUAAAUUGUGAAUUCAGAUUUAAAAAAAAGAAAAAUGUAACUGUAAAUAUAAUUCCAGUCACUGCAUAUAACAAGUUCGAAAAGCAAGAUACCAUAUUUUUGUGGCGGUUUGUCAAAAAAAGGCUGUACUGUGCUCGAGGAAAGAAAAAGAAAAGUCUCAAGCUCUAAACGGUAACAAAAAUCUAUUUGUAGCACAAAGGCCAUGACUGCCCCAUUGAUGUCUUGAACAUAUAGGAAAUGCUGUUGGCUUGCUCUGUAAAUACUGAAAGGCCAAAUAACUAUACUAGUGUCAUACCAGCAUAUUGACAAGAUAGUGAGUUCAUAUGUGCACAGCUUCAAAAAAGAACAAAAAACUUUUCAGUUAAUAUCUUUCACAGGAGAACUAGUCAUUUGAUAGUUGUGAGAUGUGACUCACACAGAGAUUUAACAAACAAAAAAAACUUCAAUUGUUAAAACAGAAAAUCCAAAGCACACUAUUUUGUUUUGAAAUAUGAGACUGAAUCUUGUCCAGAUAUUUCAUGAAGCUAUCGCUUUUAUACCACUGGUCAGAAAUAAAAUGUCUUUUUUCUUAUUUUCCCAGUUUUUUUCCUUACAGUUUUUUUUGGGAAAGAAAUGUGAAGCCUGGCUUCAGUGUGGUAGUGGCAAUAUGCUAGGCUGUUUUUUUACCCCCCUUCGUCAGUUUCAGAUUUCUCCUCUUGAGUGAAUUAGGAAGGCAAACGUUUUAUACCAUACCUCAAUCCUGUGAGUUUUACCUUAGAAACAUUGACAGAUUAAUUUAUUUUAGAGGUAAACGGAUUAAAUGAAUAGAGAAUAAUAAGAUAAAUAAUUGCACUGUGACUAGUAGGAAAGAACUUACCAUUUCCAAUUUGCACAUGGUUCAUGUUGGCUGUUUUAAGUGGUCUGCACCAAGGAGUAAUGUAUGAAGGAUUAUUUAGAAUAAUUGUUGCUGUUUUCAAUACAGUCAGACAUCUGCAGAAGCAUAGAUGGGUAAACAUCUUCACUAACCGUGAUGAGAAUCAAUAUCCUGUGCUGAUGUCAUUUUGAAAUCCUGUAGGAUUUCUUUGUAUGGGUAUAGUAUGCCAACUUUUAAUAUUUCUAAAAUGAUCUAAAAUAUUGCAGGUAUUUUAGAUACAGCUAAUAGAAGACACUGAAUACAAUGUUCAUAAUGUUAACCAUAGCUGCUGUGCUAAUUUCCUGUAUAUGUAGAGACUGGAUUAGCUCAAAUAGAGAGAUAUGGCAUUUAAUGAGACGAUUUAAACUGCAGAGAUUUUAAAGGAGAUAUUGGGUGGGUUGAUGUAUAUGCUGAUGUUCUUUGGUUUUUCCUGCUGCCAAUUUAUUUUGUAUUUUAAUUUUGUUGAAUUUUAUCGUUUAUUUUUAAGUUCAGAACAACCAGGUGAAGCAAAAUGCUGGAUGCUUUUUAAAUAAUAUGGAGAUUUGAUCAAGUAAUAAUUUAAACUGAAAAAAAAGAAAGUGAUUAUAAUGUUAUAAUCUGUUAAAAUUUAAAAGGAGGAAAGAAAUACAAAAAAAAUCUUUAAAAAAAAUAUAUAAAAAUAAAAAAGAUGUUCCUUCACUGAUUUCAAUUUUGAAUCGGGGGAUUUUUAUUGAUAUUUUUGUGGUUGUUAAUAAUAUUAAUAAUUAUAACAAUAUAAUAAUGUACUGUACAUCCAUCAAUUUCUCUUUCCAUUCCCUGUCGCCUCAUACAAUCUUUUGUUGAUCUUCAUUGUAUUUUGGUAGUGUGUAAAAAAAAAAAAAAAAAAGAAAGCAAAAAAAAGAUACAAAACAAACAAAAAAACGCAAAUUACCUUGUAAACAGAGUGCUGUCUUUGAUGCCAGUGUAGUGGUCUAUACUCUUCUUUGUCGUUCUCCUUUUCUCUCCUGCUCUUUUUCUCUUUCUCUCUUUCUCUCCCCCUAGUAAUUAGUAGUAGAUGUUAUGUAAUUAAGAUUAAGAAAUAGAUGUAGUUAUUAGCGGAUUUAGGACCAGUAAGGAUAGGACUUUCUCUCAUUAUCAAAGUUUGAAAACAAUCGCAAACAAUUAUGUUACUAGAGUUUUUUUUGUUUUUGUUUUUUUUUUGUUCCAUAUUUAUUUUUCCUUUGUUUUUGCUGAUCUCACAUGGUUUCAACUAACCAAAGCUCUCACAGAAGAAAUAUAGAAAACAAAUUGCUGUAAGACAGAAUCUUAAACAAGGCAUUAAUUGGAUCCCCACCCUUGAAUGUUUUAAAAGGGGUGUGCCAUACUACCUUAAAUGCUAAUGCUAGAUAUGCAAAACUUUUAUUUUUAAUUAUUUUUUAAGAGGGACACAAGCUAUAAUUAUGAAAAAAAAAUUUAUUACAUGAAAGAAAAAAAAUCAUAUUUUUUUAGAAAGUUCUAAUAGAUGAAUGAUAAUGAUAACAACAAUAAUAAUGAUAAUAGUAAUAAUUAUUAUUAUAAUAGUAAUAAAAUAAAACUGUAAUAUGUUUUGAUGUUUGUACACUUAAAAAAAUAUCCCAGUCGCCUAUGGCACUACUAUUUUUGGAUACUGCUAUGUUUUUUAAAUUUGUCUGCCUAGAUUACGGAGUACUUUCGUUUUCACUCAUCAAAAACAUACUUUGAAGACUUUGUGGAUUAUUUUUAUACUGUUGAACCAGGUCACCAGCUCUUUAUUUUAAUCAAAGUCAAAAUUUGCAAAUCUUGUUUUUUAAGUUUUUAAUGGGACAGAACUCUUGAGAAUGUUGGACACUUUCCUUUCAGCCCCUCAGAACAUCAAUUGAAUACAGUUUGAGUUGCUCAGGAAACAUUUUUCCCUGGUAACAUACAGUAUGGAAGUACUAGUCAUGACCGAUGGGGCCCUUUUAGUUCCCUGACACAAUUUCUUGAAAGUGCAUCAGUAGGAACAGAAUAUUUAGCAGCAGUGGUGUUCAUGGAUAAUAAGUGUGGUCAGAUGUGUCCAGAAUUGUGUCAGCUGCAUCAGUAAAUUUACUUGGGACUGUUUAAUUCAAAUAAUAUUCAUAAUUCUUUAGUGAUUUUAGUGUUUGAUUUGAUGUGGUUUUAUACAGUCAAGUUAAUUGCUACCAAAAAUAGAUGUCCCAACUGAUAGCUGAAUGUAAUUUGGUCAUUGGACAGCCUCCCCUAUUUUAUAUGUUAGAGCUGCAAAUAUAAUAUUGAUGAUGAUUUCAUCACCAUUAUAAACAGGUGGUGCUUUCUCUGUAAUGGACUAUUUGUGAUGAAGAUGUGAGCAUCUUGGUUGGGGAACCUAAGCUUAUGUACAGUCUACAACCUUUUAAAUUAGGCUAACUUUUGGUUAAAAUGAAGGCUGGUGAUCCUUUCAGAUAGUUCACACCAUUUCUAUUUGUGUUUUUUUUAUUAGAUUUUUAAUUUGAUCCUGUAGCUUGGACUUUAAGGUAGCAUGGCUCUGUUGCUGUAAUUUUAUUUUUCAUUGUACAGCAGUUUACAGCUGAUGAAUGUUACACAUCUCGAUAGACUAGUCAAUUCAUUGGAUAAAUGUUGGUUUAAAAAAAAGAAAAAGAAAAAAAAAACGACCUGGAAGGUGUUGGCAUUGGGAGUAUACUACCAUUUCUAUUUAAACUUGAAUCUUGAAGGCAAGUGCUAGGCAAGGGCCAAACGAUCAUCCCAUCUGUCAUACGUCACUCAGUACUCUGCACAUUGUCACUCACAUGUGUGUGUUUGUAUUUGGGUGCGUGCGUGUGUGUACUGUAUAUGUGCACACACUCGCAUGUGUAUAUAUAUAUAUAUGUGUGUGACUAUACACACACCUACAUAUAUAUGGUUUGUAUACAGGUGUGUGUGUAUAUCCUUUAUGUGGAAACGUUUUACUAAUUUCUGUUUGAAAAUAAGUAAGAUUCUACUGUACAUUAUAGAGGAAACAAAAUCCCCCUCUUUGUUCUGAAAAGCUUUGUAGCCAACACUGUUUGUGUCAGUCGCUGUUAAAACAUUUGACAUUAGUAUGGUGAGUCCUUGUGCUAUUUUGGCAAAAAAAAUUGUGAUGUACAAAAUGUAACCGCAGCCCUGGUCUAAUGGUAUUGUAUACAUAAUACAUUACUGAUGACUGUUAAUCAUUAAGUGGGCCACCACUUGGUUUCAUAUGGGUAGUCUUAAUGUAAACGAGUGGGUGUACGUCUGUCAUUUAAUUCUUGCUAUAAAACAGGGCAGUCUUUUGUGACUGUGCAAUAUUACAAGGGUGGUUCUCCUCACAUUUUAAACUUAACGCUGUUUGCCUGAGCAGAGGAGCAGAACGGUGUUAAGGUUUGGUCAUUCACGUGCUGUUCCGCACGUCUGUCUACUCCAAUUGCCUUGCCCAUUCCUAACACUUGCCCGUUUUUAAUGUUAACAGACUUUUUACGGCGAGAACUGACUGAACUGUCUGACGUCUGAAAGCAUCUUUCAGGUCUUCUUGUAUGGCUUGCUCAAGCCCUGUUGUAAAAUAAACAAAGUGGAUGGGGGUCUCUCACAUCUCAGAUGUGGAAAGUAUAAUUUUAUAUUUGUAUUUUCAAAUAAUAAUAAUAAAAAAAAUGUUUGUGAAAGGUUUCCAUCCUCUACUGUGGUCCAGAAAUCGAUGUGUCUGUCUGGAAAAAAAUAAAAUAAAAUAAACUGUUUUAUCCUU